UCACUUCACAAAGACAAACACACUGAACUCUGCUCUGGAUGAACUGCUCAUCAUCUUUUGACAGUAGUUCAUCUUGGAUUUAAACUCUUCUUCUCAUCCAGCUGAGAUGGGUGUUGGUCUAGCGGUUGUCACUUUGCUCAUCGCUCUGAUGCAAGGUGUCUUUUGUAAAACCUGGGGUGUGACGCAGCCCCAAAGCAUCAUGGGCAUGAGUGACUCCUGUGUCACAGUCCCAUGUCGUUUUGAGCUCCCCGACAAUGAGGAAGCAAACAUCGUCAACUGCUCAGAUGGUGGUGUCUGGAGGAAAGGAAAAAUGUCCGGUCCUGUCGUCUUCACUGCACGGAGUCCUAACUCUAACACCGUACAAGGGAAAAUAGUCGGCGACCUAACAAAGAAAAACUGCACUACAAUGUUCACCAGCUUCCCAAAGAACUACAGCGACGUGUACUUCUUCAGGCUCGAAUGUUCAAACCACGUCAAGUUCACUUUCCCUGAAGGAGUCGACAUUGACAUCCGACCAGAGAUGCCUCCUCCCCAGCUGACCUCUGAGAGUCCGGUGUCAGAGGGAACCCAGGUGAAUCUGCAGUGUUCAGUCCCGGUGCCCUGCUCCAUCCUGCCCCCCUCCAUCACCUGGCUCCCCCAAAACAACGCCUGGCAGGAGCAGACGCAAAUGCAGCAGCAGAGUGAGAAUCGACAGACAAUCAUGACCUCCACACUGACCUUCAUCGCUUCAGCCGACCAUCACAAUCAGAGCGUCUCCUGCUCUGUCUCCUACCCGCUGACUAAAGGUGGCAGCAGCCAGCCGUCUGCUACGACUCAGAGACUCAACAUCCUCUAUGCUCCCAGAGUCACCGUGGCAACACUCAGCACUUCUGCUCCUGUUUCUGAGGGCCGCUCUGUGAUGUUUACGUGUCGGAGUGAUGCUAACCCCCCUGUGAGCCGCUACACCUGGUACAGAGCUGACAGUGGAACGUGGACUAAGAAGGGUGAAGGAGAAGUGCUGGUCCUGCAGGUCAGUCACAAUGACAGAGGGGUGUAUCUGUGUGAAGCUGAAGCCCAGAUGGGCACCCAGACAUCCAGGCCUGUGUCUCUGGAGGUCAACAACGCUACAGGCAGCAGCGAGUGUGUUGUGGUGAUUCCCUACAUUAUAUGUGGACUGGUGAUGGUCCUUUACGUCAUGACCGUUGCUGUGGAUGUGUACAAGUUUCAAAGUAUUUCCAGAUGUCUGAAGCAGAUUGAGUUGAAGGGGCAACACACCUACGCAGAUCUGAUGACCUGCAGUGCAGCCUCUGACUAUGACCGACUCCAGCCUCGACAGCGUAAACCGAUGCCCUCUCCUGACUAUGAGAACCCCAUCGCCCUGCAAGCCACAUUCAAAAAUCAACCGUCGCCAAAGAGGACCUGAAGGAAUGGGUUAAAGUUCUCAUUCAAAUAUGCAUGUUAAAGCUUCAAAUUUAAAUAUUAUAUAGAUUUUGUGUCCGGAAAUGUCUUCUCCAUAUUCUUUAUCCACUUGUAUAUCUAGUUUUUGGUAAACUUCUACUGUAGAUGUCUCACACAUACUUCAUCACAUGUCCUGUUAUUCAUCAUUAUAUCUUUGGAAAAUAUUUUAUCUGGAAACUGGAAUUUACAUGUGAAUAAGGGGUCCCUGUUAGGCCAGUGAGAUUAAGAUGGACCUCUAAGGGAAAAAUAAAUACUUUUAAGAGGUUAAGACUCCUUUAUUUUUUAUAAUUCCUUCUCUACUCUUAACAAAAUAUCCUUUCGGCUCAUUUGUGAUGAUCUGAAGCUUAAAGUUUUAGGACAUUUUCAGACUUUUGGGUUAAGAGGUUAUGCUGACGUUAAUACGCAGCGUCAUUUUCCGCACACAACUUCAGUCAGACUGCUUCAAAGGGUCUUCUGUACGACACACUAAAAUGGUGAUGUCACUUCUGCCUCAUUAAUUUCCACUUUGAGCUCUUUGAUCUGCGAAGUGACACAUAAUCUUUGGUAAUUUACUGGUGCACAUGAAAACAGCUUAUGUUGUGAAAUAGAAUUGUCAACCAAUCAGCAGACAAUGUGUUGAUGGUUCACUGAGAUGCUUGCCAGAUGCACGGGUGUUAACUUAAUAUUUACUUUUCCCCCACUUAAAUAUUAUUAACAGACAUUUUUAUCCAAACAAAACGUGGACACUAACAUAAUGAAUUUUUACUCAGUUGUGAUUUUGAUGUUGUGUAUUGCAAAAAUUAUUUGUAAUAUAAUUUUCUGUAUUUAAUUAUGUAUUUCAAUAUAUAUUGCUUGAAGUUUAUUUUCAAGCUUUCAGUUUUUUGACCAGUUUAUAUUUAUUUAUUUAUUUAUUUAUUUAUUUUUGUGAUGUCACCCAUUGGUUUGUGGACUGUCGUUUUGAAGCUUCGAGUUUGACAUUUCGGCCGUCGCCAUCUUGGUUUUUUUUGCAACCAGAAGGGACACAAGAGGGUGAAGCUAAGUACCACCGAAUGCUAUAAAUAAGACACUUUUUAGGCGACCAAAAUGAUAGGGGACAUUCACAUUUUCGCGAUGGUCACCGUAGUUCUCCUGCACGCUUGGCACACGGGAGAAGUUUCAAUUGGUUGCAAUCUGCAACUUCACCGCUAGAUGUCGCCAAAUCCUACACACUGCACCUUUAAGCCAAAAUUUGUUUGUAUCCGUGGCAACAGGUGACUGUCAGUUGUGAUAAAAACACCUGAUGUGCUUUGUAGCAGCAGCCAUCUC